GCGAUCUACGACGCCGCUCCGCGCUGUAAAAAGUCUAGUUGCUGACGGCGCAAGCUGCUGUAAGCAUAUAGUCGCACUUCAGUUGGUUCAAAACAAUCAAGGCGUACACUUGUUUGCAGUCAGAAAUUUCUUGUGUAAAGUUACAAGUGAAAAAGUGUAGACAGAAGAAUACUAACGAUGGCUGAUCCACUAAGCUUACUGAGACUGUACAAUGUUUCAAAAAAGGAGAUCAUCGAACGAGAUGGACAAAUAAUUUUCGGUGAAUUCAGUUGGCCGAAGAACGUAAAAACGAAUUAUUUGACUUAUGGAUCUGGCAAAGACGGAGCUGCGAAGGAGUAUUAUACUUUGGAGUGUUUAUUGUUCUUGCUAAAACAUGUGCAGCUUACACAUCCAGUGUAUGUGCGGCAAGCAGCCACAGAAAACAUACCUGUGGUACGUCGACCCGACAGAAAAGACCUACUCGCUUACCUAUAUGGCGAAUCUUCUACGUCAACAGCUAUUGAUAAAUCUGCCCCCCUAGAAAUUCCAACUCAAGUAAAAAGAACUGCUGAAGAUGGUUUGGAAGGGUUACCAGCAACAAAAAAACCUCGCUUUGAAGAAACUCAUGUCCAGAAAGUGAAAGAACAACUUGCGGCCAGAUUAGAUGCUCCAAAAGAAGCUUCUGUCACAGUGGAUAAUAUAAAAUCCCUUUCUGAGGCAAUGUCAGUAGAAAAAAUUGCAGCUAUUAAAGCCAAACGUCUGGCUAAAAAAAGAACAACAAUUAAAGAAAACGAUGAUAUUGGUAUGGGUUCGGAUCUCAGAGUAAUUCUUGACAUGGAUGUAGAUGAAACAAAAGAUAUUGUCGCAAAAGAAAGACAGUGGCGGACAAGGACAACAAUUUUACAAAGUAGUGGCAAGACCUUUGCUAAAGAUAUUAUGGCCAUUCUCCAAAGCAUCAAAGUCAGAGAAGAGGGUAGGCACAAAGCUCCUAUGGCUCCUGCUCCAAUGAUUACACCUCGUUCAACCCCAAUGAGACCAUUACCACAGCCCGCUGUGUACAAUCGGUACGAUCAAGAAAGAUUUAUCCGUCAAAAGGAAGAAACAGAAGGCUUUAAAAUUGAUACUAUGGGUACUUACCAUGGUAUGACUUUAAAAUCAGUGACGGAAGGAACAAAUCCAGCUAUUAGAAAACCACAGCCAUCGUCACAUGGAAAUCCUAGUUCUACUCCGUCAAAUGAGCAUAUGUCUACUUCUGCAAGUAAAUCAAAUCCGCAAAUUUUACAGAAUAAACGUCCAAGUCGAACGCCUAUAAUAAUAAUACCUAGUGCUAAUACAUCAUUGAUAACCAUGAUCAAUGCAAAAGAUAUACUUCAAGAUUUAAAAUUUGUCUCCAAUGAAGAAAAACGUAAGCAAGGUGCUCGCAGAGAAAAUGAAAUAUUGCUACAACGUCGAAAAGAUGGUGGGCUAACUGUACCAUACCGUAUUGUGGAUAAUCCACUAAAAUUAACACCUUCAGACUGGGAACGCGUAGUUGCUGUAUUUGUUAUGGGUCCUGCUUGGCAAUUCAAAGGUUGGCCCUUUGAUGGAAACCCAGUGGAAAUAUUCAGUAAAAUUUCCGCAUUCCACAUAAAGUAUGAUGAGAUGCGUGUCGACACCAACGUGGCACGUUGGGCUGUCACAAUUAUUGAGCUAUCCAAAACAAAAAGACAUUUGGAUCGAGCAGCGAUAAUGCAAUUUUGGGAAGUAUUAGAUGCUCACAUGAUUAAAAACAAGCCCCAUCUUAGGUUUUAAUGUUACAACAACUUACUGUACAUAGAUUCAUCGUUAUUAUGUAUUAAAAUUAAGUAGAAUACUGUAAAAUAUUAAUUUAAGUACGAAUUUA